CAUCACUUGUACCUCUUAUGUUGUAUCUUAAUUUUAAGCUGGAAAGUCUCUCCUUGUGGAGUUUGCUCGGUCCUGUCUUUGCUGUGGUGUGUGUAUGGUGGCUUCCUUUCUAGCUUGUUCACCUUUAGUUUCUUUUGUGCUUAUAUGUCCUUGCUACACUUUUCUUUAAGUAGUGAUGUGGUUUGUUCAGUUUUGUUUGUUUUUUGCACUUUGGUUUGCACGUUGAAACAUUUUUUUUUUAUAGUGUUGCUGACCAAGGCUUCCUGUUUCAAUUUAUCACAGAUUUUUUUUAAGCUGUUUACACAUCCUUGUCUUUCUAUGCUUUUCUUUCGUGGGUUUCUUUUUCGUCGACCUUGCAGACUAAUUUAUUUAAAAUAUUUUACUUUAUGCGUCUCCAUUGAACUUGUUGAAAAUAAUUUCCUGUUAUUGCUGCCAAUGGAGUAGAAGGCUUUCCUGAAUAUUCCCAGACCAUGAUCUGAUGUCUGUCCACUGAGGUCAUGUUAUGGUUAAAAAUAUAACCAACAUUUGUUGACUGGCAGCGGUCAUUAGCACAUUACCUGAACUCUUAAUUAAUUUAAUUAAAGGUGAUUUUUCAGCUUUAUCUGCAAAUUGCCUCAAUUACUGUAAGGCCUAAUUUGGGACUUUUUCUUUUCCCUUCUUUACAAAAGGCUGUUGCUUCUUUCAGCUAAUGAAUGGAUUGAUUGUAUUUAGAGGACUGGGCGAUAUAACAAAUUUCCCUUCAGUUUCAUCUGUUUCAUUUUCACAAAACAACAAACAAACUAAACAUAGGUUUUUAAUAUAAAAAAAUACGAAUUAUAUGCUACUUAACAAUUUACCUUAUUGCAGCAUUAUAGUAAAACUAGCAUAGUGUACUAUACAUAAGCCACAGAAAUCUCAAUUAAAAUUAGUUUCAACUUAAAAAUAGCAGAAUUACAUUACAACAAGCAGGGCACUCAUGAAAGUCCUGGAUGUCUAGUUUAGUUGGACAGGAGGUUUUGAUCGUGAGGUGGUAGAGGUUCAUUGAAAACUGUCUUAAAACUAAACACUCAAUAGAAAAUAGCCAUUCACCCUAUUUGGUUAACUAAUCGAUUAUUUGAAUCACAAACCUUGUUGUAAAGCUCCACUGUUCAUUCUCCAAUAUAGCAUUGAGAGAAAACGCUUAAAAAAAUCUCUAUCUACCACAGUGCCACAGAGCUGAAAUUGCUGUAUUCUAUCAAAGUCUAUUUAGGGAAGUUUGCAAAUGCUUCCAGACAGUUAUUUUAAUCAUGCAUUAUAAUAACAUUUAUUUGCAGUCAUUUCAGCUGCUCUGUAUGUGCAUAGUUGAAAGUGCCUCACACGACUCUAUACAGAUCCUCUUCCCGAAAGAAUCAUCAGUCUUUAUUGAUUGAUGAUUGGUUCUUUAAACUGAAAUGCAUCGUCCCAUAUUUAUAAUAAUGUGAGUGCUUAGUCUUGUUUUAUCUAAGACAUUUGAUUCUAUCGAGUGUUUACUUUUCAGUUGCCAUUUUAAAUUGCAUUUCAUAUUCUAGGGGUGCACCGAUAAAUGCUGAUAUACCCUCACCUAAAGGAUUAUUAGGAACAUCAUACUAAUACGGUGUUUGACCCCCUUUUGCCUUCAGAACUGCCUUAAUUCUACGUGGCAUUGAUUCAACAAGGUGCUGAAAGCAUUCUUUAGAAAUGUUGGCCCAUAUUGAUAGGAUAGCAUCUUGCAGUUGAUGGAGAUUUGUGGGAUGCACAUCCAGUGCACGAAGCUCCCACUCCACAACAUCCCACAGAUGCUCUAUUGGGUUGAGAUCUGGUGACUGUGGGGGCCAUUUUAGUACAGUGAACUCAUUGUUAUGUUCAAGAAACCAAUUUGAAAUGAUUCACGCUUUGUAACAUGGUGCAUUAUCCUGCUGGAAGUAGCCAUCAGACGAUGGGUACGUGGUGGUCAUAAAGGGAUGGACAUGGUCAGAAACAAUGCUCAGGUAGGCCGUGGCAUUUAAACGAUGCCCAACUGGCAAUAAGGGGCCUAAAGUCUCAUCAAACCAGGCAACAUUUUUCUAGUCUUCAACUGUCCAAUUUUUGUGAAAUUGUAGCCUUUUUUUCCCUAUUUGUAGUGGAGAUGAGUGGUACCCGGUGGGGUCUUCUGCUGUUGUAGCCCAUCCGCCUCAAGGUUGUGUGUGUUGUGGCUUCACAAAUGCUUUGCUGCAUACCUCGGUUGUAACGAGUGGUUAUUUCAGUCAAAGUAGCAACUGAAAGUCGGCCCAUUCUCCUCUGACCUCUAGCAUCAACAAGGCAUUUUCGCCCACAGCACUGCCACACACUGGAUGUUUUUCCCUUUUCACACCAUUCUUUGUAAACCCUAAAAAUGGUUGUGCGUGAAAAUCCCAGUGACUGAGCAAAUUGAAAAGGUGUUCCUAAUAAUCCUUUAGGAGAGUGUACACUAAUAAUACGUUUUCGAUAACUAUUAUGAAUCGCACAGCCGAUAUAACACACAGCUAUUUCGUGUACUACGGCUUUUGAUCAGUAAGAUCUGAAAUCAUUGUUUGUCAAACAUAAUCGUCAUACGUAUUCUUUAUUAUCACGAAAAUACCGAAAAAGGUUUAAAGAACAGCAAUACAAAUAUAUCCUUAAGCCAUUUCCUGGAGCUGCGUGUCAUAGCUGCGUGUGUAUGAUUCUUCGUCUGCAGCGCAUAUUGAGUUUCUGCACGAGAGCGCCCUCUGGCUUUUGGAUGUAGCAGCAUUUCACCGUAAUUGAGAAGCAUAGCAAGCAUCAUCGGCCGAUAUAUCGGUGCACCCAUAUCAUACUCCAGCCAUUCUUUGUUUACAGCUCUCACGUGACAGCUGAUGUAAAUCAAGGAUUUGGGUAAAUCACAAUAGAUUUCAUGAAAAAGCUGAUUAAUGCUUUGAUAGCGGGACAGCCAUAAUUAUUAAGACUAAACAGCCAUUUCAAACAAGUGUUCUGCGAACAGCUAAAUGGAUCAACUAAAAUAGAGUAAAAUGUAUUUAAAAAUAAUGGGCGUUUUCAAUUGAUGAAUGCAGAUCGAUGACAGAACAAUCGAUUUUAGUAAUUUAUAUAUGCAUCAAUAUAGCAGUACUUGUUUAAAACAUUUAAACACAUGAUUUUAAUUAACAUAUUUGAGUGAAGAUGCAAAUUACCAAGUCAUGAAGAAAAUAAACCAGUUUGGAUCAACAUGAGUGUAAAUAAAUGUUUUUUUUUUGUGUGUGUGUUCUGUGCCUUUAAUUUAGAUUUAAGUCAGGGACACUAUUAAAUAAAAAAAAAAACUAUUAAGAAGAAACUAUUAAAUAUUAAAUAUCAUUCUUACAAGUUAUAGAAUGAGGAGUGGGUGAUAUUUACAAUGUUGGUUAAAAUUGGUUAAUUUGAUAUCCCCAACAAAAUAAUAUAAUACGUGUAAUUAAAUGUAUAUCGCCCAGCCCUUAUUCAGGGCAUUACUAAUGGCAAAUGUUUGCAAGGUUAAUGCUACACUACUUCCUGUUUUGGCAGGAAGCUGAGGGAUCUUUAAGCGAGGCUGCCCAGACUAGUUUCAGUGUUUUUGCAGCAAUAAAUUUGAGGUAAAACAACCAACCAAUGCCGAAUUCAAGCUAUCGCACAAGCACGAAACUGGAACAGGAGUUCCCUCUGAAUCAGGGAGAGUCUGCAUAUAAAAUGGUCUGCAGUUCUCUGCUUCGUAGAUGCUGCCGCCACUUGCACCGCCGCCUCCUCUGGAGGCCUCAGCAGUACAGUUCCUUCCUGUCCAAGCAUGCUCUCUGCUACCUUAACCCAAGAGCAGACCUCCAGGCCCCACAGUGGUCCUGCCUCAGAAGGAAUGGGAGUGGAGCCUGGUUCAGCGGUGAACAUCAGUGGGGUAGCUGUGGGUGAUGCCGUUGGAACCACACAGAGCCAGGCGACCCCAUCGAAGCGCCGGACCGUCCUGAGCAUUUCACCGCCUCCGGAAGAUUUGCUGGAUGACAGUCGCAUGUCCUGCCAGGAUGAGCCGCUUCCAAACCUGGACUCGGAGCAGAGCAGCAGCAUCUGGAUGGAUGACUCGGUCUCGAACUUUAGUAUAGCCAGCAGCACUUCAUACAACGACAACACUGAAGUACCCCGAAAAUCUCGAAAGAGAACUCCCCGUCAGCGCCCUGGACCGAAACCUGCCGCCCGAGAUGAAGCUGGCAUGGAUGUGUUUGAUGCAGACAGUGCAAAAGCACCACACUUUGUUCUUUCACAACUGGGUUCAGAUGCCAAAGUCACACCCAAAGUGAGCUCCUUGGAAGUGUCAAACAAUCAAAAGGGUGGUGUCCUUUCCAUUCAAUAUCCACAGAAGAGUGAAGGGAAGGAGCUGAAGAUUUUGGUUCAGCCAGAGACUCAGCACAGGGCACGAUACCUCACCGAAGGCAGUAGAGGGUCCGUCAAAGACCGUACGCAGCAAGGUUUCCCAACGGUCAAAUUAGAGGGAGUCAGUGAACCAGUGGUGCUCCAAGUAUUUGUGGCUAAUGAUGCUGGACGAGUGAAGCCUCAUGGGUUUUAUCAAGCCUGCAGAGUGACCGGACGCAACACAACGGCCUGUAUGGAGGUGGAUAUUGAAGGGACCACAGUCAUUGAAGUAAACCUUGAGCCGACCAACACUAUGACUCUUGCCGUGGACUGUGUUGGAAUCUUAAAGCUAAGAAAUGCUGAUGUUGAAGCUCGAAUAGGUGUUGCCGGCUCAAAAAAGAAGAGCACUCGCGCUCGUUUGGCCUUUAGAGUCAAUAUCCCAAGACCUGAUGGAUCUGUCCUAACCCUUCAAACGCUCUCCUCACCCAUUCUAUGUACUCAGCCUGCCGGAGUGCCUGAAAUCCUUAAGAAGAGUCUUCACAGUUGCUCUGUCGCAGGAGGAGAGGAGGUCUUUAUUAUUGGCAAGAACUUUCUCAAAGGAACCCAAGUGAUUUUUCAGGAAAAUUCUACAGAUGAGAACGGUUGGCAGGCUGAAGCAGAGAUUGACAUGGAACUUUUUCAUCAGAAUCAUCUAGUAGUGAAAGUUCCUCCAUAUCAUGACCAAACAGUGACCUUUCCAGUGUCUGUUGGGAUUGCUGUCGUGACAAAUGCUGGGAGAACAAAUGAUAUUCAAGCUUUUACUUACACACCUUUAACAGAGAACACUGAUGUUCCAGUAAAGUCAGAAUUAUCAGCCACAGUCAAGGCUUGCACUUUUGAAGAGCAGAUAAAAGCAAUGCAAACCGAGACCAGUUGUCUUAACAAUGUACUAAUGUUGCCUAUCGUCAAACGAGAGGAACCUAUGGAAGUCUCUUGCAAUGCAACACCUUCAGACAUUUUCAAGCCUGCAGAGAACAUUAGUUCCCCCCAACAAAUUUUGGAGAUAAGUACUGUCCUUCCUUCUGCCAGUAAGUCUUUUCCAAGCCCUGUGCCUCUCCAACCAGUUGAAUCACAACAACCACCGGCUCAAAUUUUUACCACUCAAGAGACCCUGUCCACCAUUCAGAAGCAGGACAUUUCUUCACCUGCACCGUUCCAAGUGUCCUUGUCAGAAGACACAACCGUUCUUCAGCCUGUUCCCCCUCAGGUACCUCAACAGUUUCUAAGGGAAACACCAGAGACUUUGUCUCCAGAAGAAAACAGUGCUGAUGGAAGUGUAAUGGUAUUGGUUGGCAUGGAGUCUAGGUCUCCACCAUCACAGCGACAACAGGUUCAAACACUUUUGCCUCAGGAUGGCGUUACACAGCUGGAGAGAGCAGUGAGAGAACUACAAGCACAACAGCAGUUAAAUUCUGUGCUGUACAGCCCAGCUCCAUCUGCGGAGAGCCUUCAGCAACAUGUCCAGGAAAAUAUGAACAGUUUAAGGCUAGGUGGAAAUGAGAGUAACCUGACCAACCAACAACAGCAGCAACAAGAGCAGAAUAUUUUGGAGAAUCUGCAACAACAGCAACAGAAGGCACUUGUGGACCUACAACAUCAACAAACCGUCCUUGAAAAUUUGCAACAGCAUCAGAAAGUAUUGGAAAAUCUCCAGCAACAUGCUCUUGGCAACGUGCAGCAGCAGCAGCAAACACAAAAGGUUUUGGAGAAUUUGCAGCAUCAACAACAUCACCACCAGACUGUUCUUGAGAACAUUCAUCAACAAAGUUCAAUAGUGACUCUGCAGCAUCAAAAAGUUCUAGAUAAUAUCCAACAACAGCAACAGCACCAGAAAAAUUUAGAAAAUCUUCAGCAUCAGGAAGUGUUAGAGAGCCUAAAGCAGCAACUCCAGUCAGAGCUCUUGCAGACACAGGUUCCCAUGCAAUGUGCACCCAGCUUCUCUAACGAUCAGCAAAGCUCCAUGCAGACAAGCAAUCUGUCGCAGUCCUCAGAAGGCUUUCUUCAGAACCCAUCCCAGCAGCAGGCUGCAAUUUUCCAACAGACAGGAGGUCUUAUGACCAUUCAGACAUCCAGCUUUUUGCAGCAGCCAUCUUCCCAGCCUUCACCCCCACAGCAGCUUUUUCAGAGCCCCUUGACUGAAACCCAAGACUCACAGACAGUGCUCUUUGGAACCACAAAGUCACCACAGGUCCAGGCAACCUUAUUUUCUGGUACCAUGACAAUGCUUACAGGCACCAAUCUAUCCUCCGAGCAGCAGGCUUCCCCUACAAGUCUAUUUAUUGCACAAAGUGUGUUGCCCAGCCAACUACCAUCGGAUAAUAACCAGAGCCAGCAGCCACAACAGAUAACUUUCCUCACACCCAUGCAGACCACUGGAACCACAGCCCAGACUGUCUCACUUUUUCAAGGACAACCCCAGUUGUCAACUCCAAUGGAACAACAGUCUCCCCAGCAACAACAGAUGGCAACACCCCAACAAACUUCGCUUUUCCCAAAUAUGGCCACAAUGUCCCCAAAUCAAGCACAACAGCAAACACAGACUGGAAUAUUGUUUUGUACAACAGCCCUGAACCCCCAUGACCUGCCCCAGGGUCUCAUAUUCAGUAGUCAGAACCAAGGGCCAGUAGUUAGUGACCGUCUCCCAGAGAAUAUCUUUCAGGAGCAACAACCCAUGCAAGUUGUCCCUAGCUCAGAAAAUCUUACUGUGAACAACUCCUCGAACCAACCCACUGCAUCCGCAGCCCAGCCUCAAAAUCCAACAAUUAUUUUCCCACCAUCUGCUGUGGUAAGCGUAACCCAACAAGACUCUUUAGAGCCCAUGUCUUUUCAAGAUCAGAGCUCUGUGAGUGAUUCAUCUGUCAGUAUGCCUUCAAUGCAGACAGAACUGUUUCAGGACCAACAACCUAUGCAGGUUGUUCCCAGUGCCACCAGCGUAACACCCGUCUCCCCUACGGACCAACCUUCCGUCAACAUUUUUUUGCCUCAGUCAGCCAUUUCAGCCCUACAAGGUGGAGUAGGUGCUCAGGAGUUGCCUCCAACUGGCACGGCAGCCACCAUGUUUAGUGGACAGAGUGGCGUGUCAGUGGGCAGUCUCCAGAACACCACACCGACUGCCACUCAGCAACCUCCUGACCAACUCUUUCAGACAACUAUUGGGGGAACUCUAAGCCAGCCUGGACAACCAGGACAAGCAGGCCUGUUUCUCUUUGAGAUUCCCAGUGAAUGUGGUCAGCUAAUAAAUGCUCCUGGUCCGGCAUUGUCAGAACAGCUUGUCACCAUGGGGCAUCCUGGUUUGGAUCAGAAUCAGAGCCAACUUCAGACCAGUGCACAGAUUCAAACCUUACUGGACCAGUCCAACAACCUCGACGAUAAGAUAGAUGAACUGUUGGAACAUUUUCAGGAGCAAGAAAAGACUCUCCCUCGGGAUUUUUUGGACCACUGAAGAUAAGUAGUUUGAAACCUCUCUCCAGUAGUCUACCGUCCACACUGCUUGUCAAUGUUUCUUUGCGUAUUUAUAGUCUAAACUUACACUUCAAAUGGGGGUCUUCCCUUGUAUAUGUUUUGUGGUGUUGGAUCUCUCAUCACUGCGUCUUUUCUUGAUGGACAUUUAAGGGUCCAAUUUAUUCAGGCCAAUGUUUGGCAUUUUAACAUAUCAUGUGACCCAUUAAGUCAUUAAGUAUAUUGGCACUUUGCUACUUUGUAUUGUGUUCUUGACUUCCACUUGAAUCUUAUCCAUUUACUAACACCAUUAAUCUGUAUUCUGAAAAUCAACUUCGACUCCAAAACUCUCUGUUUGCCAUUAAGAUAACUCAUACAUUGUGAAUGAAUCUGAAACAUUUUAGCACUUUAGGGAGUUUCUACUCUCUUUUAGCUUUGUAACUCAUAUGUGUCUACUUGGUUGUCAAAGCUGUUUAUGUUUUACUAGUCAUAAUGCUUUUCUUAAAAUUUGUUUUGUUUCAUUUACUCUUCAUUGUCUGUUAGGAGAGUAUAGCUUAUUUUAUGAGCCAUGUUUUUGAUUAUUUGCAUACAUGGCCUGCAAAUCUCACAUUGUAACAAUGCCCAGUGUACACUCCUCGCCUAAUGUUUUAUUUCAUCUUAUUUAAAUGAACAAGAGGUCCAACUUUUAAACAUGAAUUUCUACCAGGGUUGUGUAAGUGUGCAAGAUUAAUAUAUGUGAACAUGAAAUUGUUUUAUGACCUUAUACACUAUCUAUGAUUCGUUUUUUUGCGUGCUCAGCAGAAGGAAAUGGAGCACAUGUUUGUACUAUAUAAGAUGCAGCUACAUUUUUGAUUUUGGAUCAUGUAUGAUUUAUGGAGAUUAUUUAAAUAAGCACAAACAUGGGAAUGUUGUUUGUUAUGGUGGUUUUCCCAUCAGUACUUUAAUGGUUAGGUCACCCCCCCCCCCAAAAAAAAAUACGGUCAUCAUUUACUCACAUUCAUGUCGUUCCAAUCCCAUGUGAUUUAUUAUUCUCUAUGGAACACAAAAUAAGUGGUAAGGUAAAGAUCAAUGUGAAAAAAAUGAUGGUAAGUAAAGAUGAUGGUUUAAUAUUUUCCUAUUAAAAAGUAAAUAUUCGUUUGUAGUAGUUUUUGGGCAACUUUAAAUAACAGUUACAUAAAUAUUUCCCUAAAGGGUUAUGUAGGGAUUAUUUGUUUAUAACUGAAAGUUACAAUAGAUCCCAUCUGUGUUCAGAAAGAAGAAACAACCCUUGUUACUAGCCUUUCAUUGGACAAGCAAAUUUUGCCAUUUUACGGACCUACAGAAAUCACAAUACACACAAUAAAAUUUGCUAUCUCUGCCUAUGUUGUUUAACUAUUUGGAUAAAAAGGCUAAAUCCAGCCAAUUUUGAAGAUGAAGCUUUAUAUACAUCAAUGCAGGACAAUCUCGAGGUUCAAAAAUGAAAUUUGGGCAGAUUCACCAACAUUAUUUGUUAUGUGUCCUAACUGGAAAAUUUCUUUACAUGUAGUGUGAAAAAGGGGUAGUGUACUCUGCUUAAUGAAAUCAUACAGGGUUUAAUAUCUCACAUUGACAGAAUAUGUUGUUUACAUUGCAUUGAUUUCAAUGGUUAAUCUUAUUGUUUAUUAUGAUGACAUUUUAGGCCAUGGGGAUUUAUCUUUUUUUAAUACAUUUUCUAAAGUCAAUGUCAACUUUACUAAAAAGACCUUUUUGUGGUAGAAAACUGCGAUAUAUUAAAUCACAUGUAUUUCACAAUUUAAUCCUUCAUAAACACAUGCAGUGUUUUUAAUACAUUUUUAGGACUUUACAUCAGUAUACUCAUUUUAAAAAGCAGCUUUUGCAUUAACAAUAGUAUCAUGCAAAUAUAAAGUGAGAAGUUGUAUUUAAUGUCUUCAUAAACAUUGUAACAUAUGUCAGUUAUUUUUACAUCAUACCCUUUCUUGCCUUUAUAUUAUUAUUAUUAUUUUAUAGUAUAUGCUUGAUGUAAAAUCGGCAUAAAAAUUGUAAAUAGUAAACCGGUCGUUUUAAGUGUGCUGUUCCUUUGUGAGGUAGCAGUUUGUUAAAUGCGUGCUCUCUUUGUAGUAAAACAUAAUUUCUCACCUGCAAGUGAGGCGUACGUACAGUAUUUUUGUAAGCCUGAAUUUCAAAAUGGAAAUGUACUGUGUACAUUUUAAACAUUUUAAAAGUCAACUUUGUCCCUUCUGCAGUACUGUACAUCAUGUGUCAGUAUCCAGAACCGUGAAAAUGAUGGUUUUUGUUCCCAUCACUGUGUUACAAAAUGGUAAUUGAUGUAUUUGGUUGGUGAAAUUCCAAUAUUGUCCAUUUCUACAUUAUAAAAACGAGUGGCUAUGGGUGUGUGUUCUGUGUGAGUCAAUAUUUUAGGUCAUGUUCUUUCGAAGUCAACAUUUUAGGCAGUUAUAUCCUGCAUAUGGAUUUUUUUUAUUAUGACUUUUUGCAUUGUGACAUUUUUAUGAUUUACCCUUCCCUCUUUCUAAAUCUCAAUAGUCUAAUACAAUAAAAUUUCUUCUCGUUGCAAUUCAUAAAACAUUUUUCCCGUUGCAAAUAUGGCUGUCUUUGUUGCAUUAAAUUUAUGCUAAUUUAAAUUUUAGUUGGACCAACUAAAAAAAAAUUUUUUUCCAAAACAAGGCAGCAAACAAUCAACAUCUCUGUGAUUAAAACAAUUAUCUGUCCAUUCUUGAUUUUUCAGAAUUCAUAUUUCAUCUUGUGUCAUACUGUAAUGUACCAUGAACAAACUACAACACAUUUAUUCACAGAUUUGUCAUUUUACGGAGGUUGAAUUAUUUUAUUUUUCAACAUAUUGUGCUUUUAAUUGAAAGUACUUUGUGCCUUUGCAAGCCUUUCCACUUACUUCUAAAGGACCUUUGUAUAUAAUAAUACUUAGAUGUUGGGUUUAGUUCAACCUAAUCGGGAAGUUAAAAAAAAAAACUUUUUUAUUGACUUUCUCUGGUCAAAAUAUCACUAAUGAAGUUCAUCAGUGUAGUUUAGAAUACAUCUGACCAUUUAUAUCACAAAACUGCUAUGCAUCCUCAAAUCUCGAUUAUUUUAAAAAUGUUUUGUCAUUCUCAUCCACUGGUGGUUAUUGCCUCUUGAAAUUUUUGUAAUCAAGGCAUGAGGUGAAAGAAGGGUAUACAUCUCAAAGAAAGCUGAUUCUCUGUUUGUUCGGGCAGCAGGUCAAUGUUAUGGUACUUUUUUAGCAAACGGUAAAUGAAAACAAGGUUUGGAAGAGCGCUUACCCUUAUCACCAGCAGUUAUUUGUGCUCUUAUUUAUGUGUGCUGUUUUGUUUUUGUAAGAGGUGUAUUUUAAAUGCACUCUUCUUGCACAUUUUUGAUUUUUGUUUGCAUUUGUUUGACGUGGUUAAUGUUCUUUGCUUUUCAAGUUGUCGUAGGGUUAACAGUUCACUCAUGAGUUUGUCAAAAUGAGAUUCAGUAUCGUGAAGAAACGUGAACUAAUGACAUUUGACGUAAAACAAACAUGUAUUUUGCUUUAAUCAGUACAUUUGUAUACUCCUGCAGUUAUAUUUCUGUUAAAAUGUGCUGCUAAAUGAAUAAAGCUAGAUAUGAAGUUC